UGUAUUUUUAGAGCUGGCAACGUUGUGUUGCAGUCUUAUGUAGUUCACUGACUGACUGUUGCAUUUUAGUAGAGGGUGCGAGAACACCUACGAAUUUUGGCAAUGUCGGUAUUUAAGAUUGUGUGACACGAAAGCCCCUAUGGCGAUAGAUCUACAUGUCUCGUCAGGGGUUGUAUGGAAAAUUCUUUAUUGAUCCUCUUUGGUUAAAACGUCAUCGACGAAUUUCACAACUAGAGGUGAACGUGAAAGCAUCUCUACGCAUUGUUUAUAGUAUACAGGAAGAACAGUUAACGAAAUGGAAGUGACUAAAUGGAAUGAAUUUACAAUAGAAGCAUCGAUCACACGCGAUAGGAAACGUGUUUAUUAUCAUGCUAAGGAUGGUAUGGCUAUUGCAGUUUAUCUUCUAUGCAGUAAAGCAUCACCCGAACUAGUUGAUCAGCUGAUUAACCAGAGGGUAGUGGAACGCGACGGACAUGAAUGUACACCUUUAAUGAUAGCUGCCCGAUAUGGUCAUGAUAAAGUAGUGAAAAUAUUACUCGAUAAAUUCAAGCCUGAUCUGGAGCAAGAGGGCACAGUGAAGUUUGAUGGACAGGUUAUUGAAAAAGUCACCGCACUAUGGUGUGCUGCUGCUGCGGGAUACUUAACAGUCGUGAAAUCUUUAGUAGAAGCAGGUGCGAAUGUCAAUCAUCCAACUGCCACUCAUUGUACACCUCUAAGAGCGGCUUGUUUCAAUGGACGGUUGGACAUAAUCAAGUAUUUGGUAGACCAUCAUGCAGAUAUGAACAUUGCGAAUCAUUUUAAUAAUACAUGUCUGAUGAUUGCAACAUGCAACGGCCAUUUAGAUGUUGUGACAUUUCUUUUAGAAAUAGGUGCAAAUCCAAAUGAAAAACAAAAUUGUGGUGCCACAGCUUUGCACUUAGCUGCAGACUGUGGACAUGUGGCCAUAGUAUGCGAGUUAUUGAAAUUUAAGGCUGAAAUGACUAAGAAUAAUAAUGGAAUGACACCACUGAUGAUAGCAGCAGAGCGUACCAGAUCAAAAGUUGUGAAGUACUUAAUAAAAUGGACACCUGUCAGUACAGAAGAGAUGAUUGAUGCGUUUGAACUUCUAGGUGCAUCUUAUGCAAAUAGUGCAGCACACAAAGACAGUUAUCCUUUAUUAAAAGCAUACAAAUAUUUGAGAAAAGCAAUGGAACUUAGGUUUAACGAUCCUGAAAAUAUAAUCUACAAAACUUUAGGUGAACCAGUGAAGGCGUACAAUAAUUGGAAGGAAAGUGAAUCAUUAGAAGAACUGGAUUCCAUUCAGUUUGAUACAAAUGCUAUUCAUAUGGAGUCCUUAGCUAUUCGAGAGAGAAUUCUAGGGCAGCAUAAUCCGGAAGUAACGUAUCACAUACUCAUUAGGGGUGCAAUAUUUGCUGACAAUGCUAAAUUUGAUAGAUGUAUGGAACUGUGGCUUCAUGCUCUAUAUUUAAAACAGUUAAAUAACGUUUCCAUCGUAAAAGAUCUUCCUAUGUUUACAAAGAUAUUCUCACAAAUGAUACUCGCAGGAGCCGAGAUCGACUUCUCUCAAGUUUUAAGUGUUUUGCUGGCUAUUGUAACAGUAUUUAUCCGCAAUAAAUUGAGAAUGAAGAGUUUGCACUCUAAAGAAGAUAUUGAACAGUAUGUUGAGGAAACGGAAUUGUGCAUCACGAGCGCACUGUAUAUAUUAUCGAUAGUAGCAAAACUUUUAGCAGUGAACGAAAACAAAAUACUGGAUCAGGAUAUAGCGAAUGCAUACUGUCUAGUCCACAAACUGUGCGCUCUAGAAUUGCGCUUAAAGGAUGGACAAACGUUGUUGCAUCUUGCUGUGAAUGCCAAUACAGUUGUCGAUGACGUCGACACUUAUAAAUUCCCAUGUGCAGCAACAGCAAAGUUGCUUAUACGUUGCGGAGCUGAUGUAGAUGCAAUGGACAAUAAAAGGAAUACUCCCUUACACGUGAUUGCUAGUUGCAAAGUGCCAAAUAGCGCACUUUUAAAAACCCUUUACUCUAUUAUUAAGGAUCUCAGAGAAGCUGGAGCUCACAUGGAUAUUGUAAACAAAAGGGGUAGAACUCCUUUUUAUGCGGUUUAUUCAGUUCAUUUAGAAAAUUUAUUGAGGAGUCGGAGAAAAUUGUCUCUGAAAUGUAUGGCCGCGAAGGUAAUAAAAACUUACAAUUUGCCAUAUUGCGGAAAGGUUCCGCUUUCUUUGGAAAGUUUUAUCGAAUUACACGGCCCAGGAGAUAAUUAAGGAUAUGAACAUUGGAAUCUGGAAACGAUCGUCCAAAUAGCCAAAGAAUAAUAGACAGUUGUCUGAUAGCUAUUUAUGUACUCAUUAAGCGUGGAGUUUGUUUUUUAAACUAAAAACAAAAAGAUAUAUUUAUAUUUAUACAAGUAACCUAUAUUACAUAACAGUGCAAUUGUGAUUUUUCUAAGUCAAGAGUAUAAUUAAUGUUUUAAUCGUGCAUAAUCGAUGUUACGUAUGAAAUGUAUCUGUUUGUUAACGUAAAACAAUAAAAUAUGAAAGUCUAUA